AUGUGCGUUGGUCACCCCAAGAGGCACCCGUGCCAACACACCUCGGUGACUUACAACCACUGCGUGGCAGCCCAUUUUGACGGAGCAACACGAGUCACCACGCCCUGUCACAACACCACGUACGCAGCACAAAUAGGCACCGAAUCAAAAUGUACCAACCAGCUCUGCUUCUUCGAAGAGCUCGGGGGCAGCUGGAUUUGUUGCAGGUGCCGGAACGGCCCAAAUUAUGUGGGAUGGUGUACUUUCGACAACCCAAGAACAGAGGUCAAUGCCAUCACGCAGCAGUUGGAGCAGGUAACAAAGUGCGAUCACUGCUGCUGCUGGAAUUGCACGCCUUAUUGUGAGUUGAUGGAUACGUGUUGCAACAGCGGUCAAACCACCGAAACAACUGACACCCUGCCUCUUCAGCUACCUCGGACCAAGGCGGCUCCAGUCACGGUGGCUCGUCAAAGCGUGGCGGCUCGUCAAAGCACAAGCAUCAAAAGUCGUCCAAGCAUGGCGGGUCCUCGAGUCAGGGAUAUCAGUGGAUUGAGAUGGAUUACAGCUCGAAAGGCAGCUCUUCGGGACACAAGAAGAGGAAACAUAAGGAGAAAUAGGGAAGCUCUGCAAAAAGCCACGCGAGAGCCUUUGCUAAUGGGUAUUUCCAAAUCUGUAGCAGGAGUGGGCAAUAACAUCUCCGGAUCAAUGCUACAGCUUUAA